UGUAUUACGUGAAAUAUGAAAUACAGAACGAAUUUAACGAAAUGCUUACGAAAAUAUCAUAGAUUAAUAGAUUAAUAUGUUACCAAAUCACAUACCUCAAUUAACUUAAUCGAAUAACUGACACCAAAAAGCGUUCAGGAUAAGAAAGGACAAAUCACUCCAUCCGAACACAUGGUGAUGUAUUUUUUUGUGUAAACACAUCUCUGAGUUCGGAUAGCUUGUGAAUGACACAUUUUAUGGAAUUUGAGUGAGUGGUAAGUGCAAAAGGCAACACGAUAUUGGAAGCUAAGGCUCAUGAAAUGGAUGUCACUGCCUUGUGUGGGUGGUAAGACUGUGGGCGGAGUACGGGAAGGGCGUGUCUGCAGAAAAGGGAGGAGGUGUCCGUCAAGGUCUGUAAACAAAGUGAGUCCAACCUCCCACCUCGUCCUCGACGCCACUUGUGUUGGAGGGUCUUUGAGAGUCUUAGGCUAAUUAUCAUUGUUAAUGGACAUUACAUGAUGGGUGGCAGUGACAUGCAGUUUUGCUUGCGAUGGAAUAACUUUGGAACUACAAUGACAGCAGCCCUUCACUCACUGCAUGAGGGAGGAGAUUUUGUGGAUGUUACUUUAGCAGCAGAUGGAAUGCAGUUGAAGGCUCACAAACUGGUUUUGUCUGCUUGCAGUCCUUAUUUUAGAGAUAUUUUAAGGAAUAAUCCUUGUCAGCACCCAGUCAUUAUUCUCCGUGAAGUGCCUAUUGAAGAUUUAGAAGCUGUGUUAGCAUUCAUGUACGAAGGCCAAGUAAAUGUGUCACAGACACGCCUCCACACAUUUAUGAAGCUUGCUGAAGUUCUCCAAGUACGUGGAUUGACAGAUGCACAAACAGCUUGGACACAUAUGGAUAAGGACUCUUACCCAACAAAUUUACUGGCAUCUGAAAAUGGUAGCAGUGCAGGUUCUUUACCGGCAACACUUUCUGUACCUUGCACAGCUAUUAAUACAAGUUCAGUAUCAUCACCUGUUGUUCAACAUUCGCCUAUGCAGACUGUACAGGCAAGGUUUAGGACACACGACUCCCCUUCACCUCCACCAAAACGCAGAAAAUCUUCUCCAGCUAGAUUAAGAAAUUCACCAAAGCCAGCAGACGAAGAAGAGGAAAACACUGAUGCACAGUCUGACACUAAAAGAGACAUAAGAAAUAUGCUAGAGGUAAAAAUGGAGCCAGAUGAGUAUCCAGAAGAUGGUGUUGAUCUUGGGGAAGAGGCUGAUCAUAAUCCAUUACCAACUCCAGAAAUUAAUUUACUAGAGCAAUCACCAGAUGUCCCACCAAGAACAGGGGGAGGUUCAACAUCUUCCAUGAGUAUACCCUCAGUUUUUCUUCCACAACACAUUGCUUCAGAGAAGCCAAAUCGCCAUUUACUUCAAAAACGAAAUUCUCAAGAAAAGUCAUCGGCCGGUCUUCAUUUAGAAUUUCCUCAGGGUCCAUCUUGUAAGUGCUUUCCUUUAAAAAAUUUUGUAAAUAAAAAGGUUAAUUAUAGCCAUAUAACCACUUCAUGUGCAAAGGGGUUGGAUGAUAUAUACUACAUACUGUACAAACCUUUAGUGUACAUUAUUAUUAUUAUUAUUAAUAGGUGUUAGUUUUUCCAGACCUCUGAGUCUCAAGUAGACUCUUCUCGGGCUGGUUCUCAGGGAUCAAUCCUGAGAAAGGGGGAAGAAAAAAAAAAAAAAAAAAAAAAAAAAAAAAAAAAUUUAGACUUUAUUUGAGAAACCCGUCUUAUUUAAAAAAUUUAUGAUUUUAUUAAUUGAAAAAUCCCUGCUUUCCGCAAGAAUAUUUUUCAUUUCUGAACUCCGCAGAUAAAUAGAUCUUUGCUUGACAUAAUUAUGGAUAACUUGUGCUAAUUACUUCUUAAGCCACCUGAUAGGCUACCCAUUAGGAGGGGAAGUAAUCACUUUACAUAGUCAUUUUCAUUCAAUUCCUAUUAAUUUUAAGAACUCAUAUCUCUGGGUGAUAGUUUC